AUGUUGUACGUAAACAAAUUCAUAUGUAUGAAAUCAAUAAUGUUAUAUUAUUAUCUUAAGUGGUAUUAAACUUUAUAAAAGUUGACAAUUAGCUGUUAUCUAAUUGAAAAUAAUCUCGUUGACUUCAUUCGCUUCGUUUGUCAUUCGUACAUGCAUUCAGUUGCAUCACGGUGUAGUUAGGUGUCGGUAAAUUACAAUUUAUUAGCGGAUACUACGCGCUAAUCAAAUAAAAACCAUGGAGUCUCCCAUAGUUACGGUGGUCGAAGGUCAAGUUAGAGGAUGCCAAAAAGUGAAUUUGGAUGGUGAAUCUUUUUAUUCAUUUCUGGGAAUACCGUUUGCGAAACCGCCUCUUGGAUAUUUGAGAUUUAAGGCUCCAGUACCUGCUGAGCCAUGGAGUGGAAUAAGGGAUGCUACGAUUGAUGGAAACUCUUGCUAUCAACGAAAUGAGAUGACAAAAGAACUUGAAGGGUCAGAAGAUUGCUUGUAUUUAAAUGUGUAUACAAAAAAAUUACCAUCAGAAUGUAACGCAUUAAAGUCAGUUAUGGUUUGGAUACAUGGCGGUGCUUUCGUAACUGGUAGUAACAAAAGCAGCUUCUAUGGCCCAGAAUUCCUAAUAACUGAGGACAUCGUUCUUGUUACGAUAAACUAUCGUGUAGGUUUCUUAGGAUUUUUACAUUUAGAUGACACAUCCUUAGACGUUCCUGGUAAUGCUGGCUUAAAAGAUCAACAACUAGCGCUGAAAUGGGUACAAAAUAAUAUCAAGAGCUUUAACGGAGAUCCUAAUAACGUUACUAUAUUUGGAGAGAGUGCUGGAAGUGCCUCUGUCCAUAUUCACGUAGUAUCACCAUCGUCCAAAGGACUGUUCCAUAAAGCUAUUUUACAAAGUGGGUGUUUGCUGAAUCCAUGGGUAUUUUCUAAAGAUUAUGCGUUGACGUUUACCAAAACAAUUACUGAUACUGUGAUGACUGAAAAAGAGGCUUUAGAAGUUUUAAAAAAGUUACCUGUUGAAGAACUUUUGGUGUUUCAGGAAAAAUUUUAUGCGUCUUUAAAAGGCGCAUCUGUGAUAGGUCCAAACAUCGAAAAACCCAACAAAACAGCAGUUCUAACAUCUAACCCUACUGAACUGUUAACAACUGGCCAGUACAAUAAAGUUCCUUUAAUACUUGGUUACUGUGAUAGGGAAGGAAUUCUACUGGAAGUGUAUAAACGUUUCGGAAACAAAGCUGGAUCUAAAAAAGAGGGACAGGAAGAAGAUGUUGACGUUAAGAAAUUCCUUGUACCUGGUUUAUCUGAAGAUGAUCCUCAGAAUAAACGUAUUUUAAAAACCCUUGUAGAAACUUACAAAAAAAGGGCAACAGAAAGUGAAAAAGACAAAUAUCUAUUACCUACAGAUUUUUACUUUGUAUCUGGGAUUAUUGCAGCAGGAAACGUCCACGCAAGAACAUCCAAGUGUCCAGUUUAUUUGUACAGAAUUUCAAUAGACGCCGGCUUAAACCUUCUUAAAAAAAUUACAAAGGUUACUGAUCCAGGUACGUGUCAUGGCGAUGAAUUGGGUUACCUUUUUAAAAACCACGUAGCAGCUCAGUUUCUUGAUAAAAGUGAAACAGAAGAUAAAGUUGUUCGUCGGUUUGUUAAACUAUGGACAAAUUUUGCUAAAACAGGAAACCCAACACCACCUGCAAAUGAUUUACAAUUAACUUGGAAGGCUACUGAUAAGGAUUGUGGGUUUAUAGAUAUAGGAAAAGAAGUUAGAGUGGGAAGCAUCCCCGAAGCUGAAAGAAGAGACUGUUGGAAGGUCAUUUUUCAAAAUUUUCCAAUUGUUGUUAAUAAUUUGUAAUCACUGAUAUUUUAGUUGUUAUUUUGACAGAGAAUAUAAACGGAAAGGAGCAGAUAAAAGAUAUUCUUUAUUUUAGCUUAUCAGUACUGUAUUAAAAAUUGUUGACAAUAAAACUAUCGAUUAAACUGUU